CUAAAAUAAAAAAAUAGUUAGUCUUGUGUUUCCUCGACCAGACUAUGCUAAAGCAUUCGACUCCGUUUAAGCAAUAAAUAUUUUACAUAAUCAUGAACGAAAGUCUGGAAAAAGUUUUGGAAUGUCCAGUGUGUUUAGAAAUUUUCGAUAAUGACAUUGUGGUGUGCAAAGCAGGCCACAGCAUUUGUGGAAGAUGUAUAGUACAUGUUUAUAAAUGUCCAUUAUGUAAAGUGUCAAUUACUGAUUCAUCAAUAUUCAAAAAUUUAGAACUGGAAGAAACAAUGCAGGCCAUUCAGAAUACUAGUAACAUAUCGAUAAACUCGGAGUCGAAGUUAACAUUAAAAAUGUUACUUUGUAACAGAUGCCGGAAUCCUUUGACACGUCCAGUUUUCUUACAGAAAAAUGGUUACAACUAUUGUAAAAGUUGUUGUCGUAAGCCAGCAACAAUGUGGACGAGAAACUAUCUAGCAGAAACUUUAUUAGAACGCAAUGACUUAUCGUACGUAGUGAUCAAAAAGAACAAAGCAGAAGUGUUUCGUAGAAACAAUAUCAAAUGUCCGAAAUGUGAAUUUGAAGUGGACAACUACGAAAGUUGGCAAUCACAUAUUUUGACUACUCACAAGAGUUUAGUAAAAUUCUUACCAAAAAAUGCUUAUUAUUUACUACACGUUGACCUUGUGAGUUCAGGAAGUCAACUUAUAUAUUGCAAUUCUGUUGUAUUUUUAAUUCUUUACAAACUUGUUCGUAAUAGGGAGAGUUUGUUUGUGAACGUAAUGACAUAUGCAGCCGAAUACAUAAGAUACAAAUUAACAAUAGGUCACAAGACUUUGAUAUGUAACAAAAGGUGUAAACCUGAAUUUGGAGUGUAUCUUAAAACAGAAGAAUGUACUCAACUGAAUAAGCCAGGUUACAGUGUAAAGAUAUCAUUCCAUUACUGUUAGUUAUGUUUCGUUUAUUAUAAAUUUGUUUUAUUCAUAUUGUAUUUUAACAUUUUUAUUUAUAUUUUAUUAUUAAAAUUACUGCGUAAUUAAAUUUAUUAUAUUCAUAA